AUGUGGUCGUUGUUCCGCGUUUGGAGCGUAUGGAGCGUGUGUUGUUGCGCGUGCGCCGUGUUAGCGCAGCGCCUCGACCAAGAGGCGAUGCUCUCGCCAAGGACGUCACGCGUCAGGGACCGGGAGCUAGCUAAAGCUGAUGAACCUACAUGCGACCAACUGAAGGCCAUGUGGAGAUUCUCGAAGCGACAGGCGCGUGCGCCGGAAAUAAUGAACGAGGUGAGCUCAUACCGCGACCCGCUUAUGUACAACGAGUGGCCGGUCUACACCGCUAUACCGAGAGCUGCGCCAAGGUUUAGAUACCAGUACCCAUCGAUGUCUCGCGAGGCCUACGGCAGAGUCGUCACCAAGGCGCCCCCUAAUGUUGUACGUACUCCUGAUUAUGAUGAGAUGUUUGGCAUGGUACCUGUACCUAGCUCAUCGGGCAAAGUACUGCGGUACUCAGGACCGUCACGAACCCGGACUACCUUCGUGGUGCCUCCUCAACGAGACAGGUUCGAAGCUUUGAAGAAGCUGAUCCGGCAGGAGCAUGUUCGUGAACUACAGAGGAAGUACGAAGCUGAACAGAAACAGGAGCUGAAAGACCUUACCUCUGGACGGAAUGACGACUACGUGUACGGCACUUAUGGCGAACAAGAGCCUCGGGGCAUGCAGCCACUGCAGAUGGAGUACCCUGCCGACGAGCCCACCGCCAGGCACAGCAAGAAACCCCCAGGCGGAGGAAGCCGCCAGAUCUCGCAGUUCUCGCGCUACUCGGACGCGAUGUUACCCCCAGUCCGUCGCGGCAUCUACCACCCCUACCUGGAGUACGCGGCUCCCGACUUCCUCCCUUACUACUGA